AUGACGUCAUCUGCUUCUACAGCUACUCCCGUCAAGCACGCCUUUGACCGGCGUGUCCACGAUGUCAAGUCCCCCAAAAGUGAUAUCAACGCUCUAAUACUGGACUAUCUUACUAUGGAAGGUUAUCCGAAUGCGGCAGCAAACUUUUCCAAGGAAGCCAAUCUUGAGCCUCACCAGGACACGCAGUACAUUAUAGCGAGGCAGGAAAUCCAGAACUGCAUUCACAGUGGUGAUAUUAAGACAGCGAUAACGACACUCAAUGAGUUUGACCCACAGAUCUUAGAUGGAGAUAAGGCACUGCAUUUUACCUUGCUACGACUUCAACUCAUUGAACUCAUUCGCGGUUGUAAUGCGACUGGAGAUAUUCAACCAGCCCUCACUUUCGCUACUGAGGAACUGGGCCCCAAAGCACCCACGAACCCCAAGUUUCUAGAAGACUUGGAGAGGACCAUGGCAUUGCUCUUGAUUCCAUCUGACGCGCGCGAGCCCCAGUUAGCAGCAUUGCUAGAGCCAGAGUUGCGACGAGAAGUUGCAGACAGCGUAAAUCGGGCCAUCCUUGAAAGACAAUCCCGAAGACGUGAAGCAGCUAUUCGCCAGCUCGUCCGAAUGCGUGUCUGGGCCGAAAAUACUGCCCGGGAUAAGCGUAAAAACUUGCCUGACCGACUGGAUAUUGGCUUGAACGGAGAAGAACCCGACAGCCCUAGACCUCACACUGGAAACGGCCAUGAUCCCAUGAUUACAACGUGA